AUGCCAAAGCUGGCGUACCACGCCACAUACUGGCGAAAUUUCAUGAAGAUCGUCAACACAGGCCUCAUCCCGGGAGGGAAAAUGACCUCGAAGGGCAACAGCGGGAGGCCCUUCAACAUGUUCGCGAUGGAGCCUCAGUGGGAACGCACCUCCAAUCAGGGCGUCCGCCCUGGCGCCCAGCUGGAAAUGAUCUGGGCGAACCGAGCAUACGAACCAGCGCGGAAGGGCUUGGCCCAGCCGUGCAAAGACAAGAGCCUCAACACGCCCAUUUAUGGCGAGCGGGGUCACCAGGAGCUGGUCGAUGCAAACGGCUAUUGCUACAACUACCUCGUGGCAGGCCUCGGGUAUCGCAACUUCGACACCUGGAAGGACGCCGCUAAGGCAUGCAAGGAUGUCUAUGACCUUGAUUUCUACCCAACAAGCAUGUGUGGUCUAGACAUUCGCAUCCCGGAAGGGCAUGCCUUGCAGGGCUCAGAGUCAUUGUACAAAAUGGUGGUUCACGUGGCUCCAAAGCAUCCUCAUCAAAAAUGCAACGAUGAGUCGGAUUGGCGUCGCCAGGAGAAUGUCAGCAUUCCUUCUUUCGCUUGCCCGAGCUGCGGUACAUCCAACGUCGAUGGUGCAAUCUGUUGUUAUCGAUGUGAGUCUCGAUUGGAACCGCACUCAGAUGUGAGCAUGGCCUUGGAGAACACCCGUGCCAAGCAAGUUGCCGCCCGGAAGGGUGAGCCCCUGGAUUACAGGGCAUUGCAACCAAGCGGGGAGGUCAACUCCAAUCGUGCCACGGGCAACAAGAGGGAUCGGAGUGCUGGCUCUGGCCCAGCAGCUGUUCGUCAGCAGGCCGCCAAGUACCUUGGAAAGGCCUUGAAGGCGGGUUCUCGCACUGUUGUUGAGCGUCAGUCUCGUGAUCCGUUCACGGCCUACAACAAUGCAAGAUUUGGCAUAUCCAUUACGGGGCUGGAGCAACUCAUGAUUUUCGCCCGAAUGAGGAUCGCCAACCCGCCGAGGUCCUGCCAGAUGAUCCAUGACCGCACUGGCUUUGACGGCGCAGCCAAGGUGAGCUUCUCAUUCCCACCGGAAGGUGAGGACCUGACACUUACGGACCACUGCUUUGUGGCGUUCGUGGACAGGUUCUACAAGCUUGACGAAGCCGCCUUGUUAGCGUUUGCCGUCCAUCGCAACGGCUACGUCAUGGACAUCCUCGGCUUUAGCGGUCGCACAUUGAAGCCGACCGGUCCAGUGGUGCAGAUCUUGGCUAGGAUUGUGGGAUUCUUCCAAGAUGAGGUACGGUAUGCAGUUGAGCGCGGCGAACAAGUGCCUGAGUUGGUUUUGCCUGCCAAUCAGGAACUCCGCGUCCCGGAAGGGCUCGCCUCUCUUGGGGAUAGACAGCUGAACGAGCUUCUCAUCAACACGAAGUUCGCGAGACAGCUUCCCGGCGCCAAGGGCGUCAAUGAGAGGAUCGGGCAGAUCAGCUCAGCCACCGAUUCCAAAGGCGAGGCCAACAACCAGAGCUACCGGCAGUGCACAGCGGUUCCUCCAAAGCCACGAGCACGCCCUCUUGACCCUUCCCCGGGAGUGGCAGCUACCCGCCUGCGGCCAACAGAGCCCAGCUAUCCGCCACCCGGAAGGGAUGUGCCAGGAUCGUCAACGGAUGCGCCGAUGCGUCCGCCCGAGCCAAAGGGGCCUCCACCAACGAUCUUGGUUGUCGAUUCAAGGGGGAACCCUAUUGACCCAUCGCAGCCUCGCCGACCUUACUUCACCCGGCAUGAUGCGCUGCUUUGGGCUCGCCUCAAGGCGUCUCGGGACAAGAACGUUCCCAGAGGCAUGGAAGAUCGUGCAGUACCAGCAUUUCAUGAUUUGAACGACUUCCACCUCCUGGCACCGGAGCACGUGGGCUACUUUCUCUCUGGCUGGAAAGAGACCCAAAACGGGAUCCGCCUGUACUGA